UGUAUUUAGUGUGAGUGUGUGUAUGUGUGUGUGUGUGUGAGAGAGAGAGAGAGAGAGAGAGAGAGAGUCCUCUAUCGGUGCUGAAGAGGAACCAGAGAGAGAGGUGAUAUCAUUAACACAAUCGCAUAUACCUAUUGUUUCUGCUUGCUCAGGAAUAAACAGGAGACCGAGAAACAGAGGCAUGAGGAUGGAGAAUGGAGGGUGUGACUGAAUAGGGUAUAGGAUAGACUGUGUCUCUUAAAUCUUGAUGAAAACCUCAAAGGUGUGUGGAGAUCUGUGGAUGUAUUCGUGCAUUUUGGAUUUACGAACGCAGCUUUGGGAAUACAGGAGCUGGAAGAUGAUGAUGAACAGGAUCAGGAGACAGGAGGAGGACCGCUGAAGCAUGGAGCAGACAAAGGGGCGAAGAGAUGGGGUCUCGUCGUCCAGUGAUAACCCACGGCCGGUCCUGGGGGGCGGAGCUGAAGGCAGAGUUGUGUCCUGCCAGGGCCCGCGGACGCUGGUGCUCCAUAAGAACUCUCAGGGCUUCGGCUUCACGCUGCGGCACUUCAUUGUAUAUCCGCCUGAGUCUGCGUUGCACACUAGCCUCAAGGAUGAUGAAAAUGGAAACGGGAAGGGUCUACAGCAAAGUCGGCUGGAACCAAUGGACACCAUAUUUGUUAAGAAUGUGAGGGAGAAAGGCCCUGCUCACCAGGCUGGUCUGUGUACAGGUGACAGAUUAGUAAAGGUGAAUGGGGAGAGUGUGUUGGGUAAGACAUACUCCCAGGUGAUAGCACUAAUUCAGAACAGUGAGAGUGUGUUGGAGCUCUCCAUAAUGCCAAAGGAUGAGGAUGUACUGCAGCUGGCAUACUCUCAUGAUGCCUACCUGAAAGGGAACGCGCCAUUCACAGGAGAGGCCCAAAAUCUUCCUACGCCACCCCCUCUCUGCUACCCACCACGUUCCCAGCCUCAUCCAAGCCACACCUCCUGCCCUGCCCCUUCUCUGUCCCCCCAUAUGGGACAGAACCAGCUGGACAACUGGAGCCGCUGGCCCGGCUCCGCCUCCAGCCCAUCCCCACCACUUGACAACCGGACAGGCGCACCUACCACAACCAGUAUGGCCUGGGCAUCAGAGGGCCGUGAAGCAGGGGGUGUCGGCCACAGCAGCCCCGCCCAUCGCACAGAGGAAAUCCGGUAUGGUAUGACUGAGAGAGGACGAUCAUUCUCUUCCUCGAUUUCCACAAGUCCACCGCACCAAACUCACCACGGGAACAACAGCAAGGACAAUUUGUCAUGGGGCAGUCCGCCAAAACCUGCGCCAGUGGCAAGUUCAAGCCGCAGCGAACACACCCAACAAGCCCUCACUAACUGGUACUACAACCAGGUGUCAGAACGGGAACGGGAGCGGGAACGCUCAAAUGUCCAAUCUUUACAUCAUCGACAACGCAGUUUCUCUCACGACCGUUUGGGAGAGCUAAGCCGAACCAGACGGGCGAAUAGGACUAAUUUUCCCCAGAGUGCCUCUCAGGACACGUUGCUGUACCCUGGGCAGCAUCCUCAUUGGAUGCAGGUCCUGCCUUCUGCCUGCCAGAACCGCUCUCGCUCCGAGAACCUUCUCCGCAGUCGCUUCGGGCACUCGGGUCGCUCAUUAGAGGCUCUAGACCAGGUACUUUGUCCCCUGUCUCCACACCACGAGAGACAAGCCUGGCAGCAACAGCCCCAGAGGCAGGUAAGCCAUUUUAGCUCGGCACAGAUGCCACCUGGUGUCCGUCAUGUGCAAGUUCAUCGCCAACAGCAAUCCCAAUCUUCAGAGCAGCACCGUUGUCAGCAACACCCUCCCCAACAGCACCAACACUCACCAAAGCAUCAAAAUCAAAUGCAUUCAUCACAACAUCCACCACAGAGCCGCCGUUUGACCUCGUGCCAGAGUGUGGAUCAGGAGCAGAUUGGCUACCGCAGCUACAGUCCGUCAUUUAACCGCAAGAGUGGACGAAUCCUGCAGCAUGCUCAAUCAUUCCGGGACCCAUCCUACACUGGCCCGCGCCUCAGCUGGACCAGUCUUCCAGAGGGCAUGGCUCCAUCUCCUGCUCCAUCACCUGCCCCUCCUACUUGCUCAGUGUCUGGCGAAGGACAGGAUGGAACUCAUCGUCCGACUAACCAUGAAAGAGAGGGCGGGGAGACAGAGCCGGAGAUCCAAGCGCAGGUCCAAGAGGUGGUUCUAAGACAAAAGCCACCCAUGGGCCGAAGGGCUGGCCAUGUUCACCGACUCCCUCUGGCGCUUGACGACAGUGACCCUCUACUUUUCACCUCGGACCCUGAGGAAGCCCUGCUCAAGUCAGAGGGUUCUUCCUCCAAACGGCAUCCGAAUGGUAAUCUAGCACCGCUCUCUGUGGAGGAUGACUCGCUGGCCUCUAUUCCCUUCAUUGAUGAGCCAACCAGCCCGAGCGCAGAUCUGCGGGCGUGUCACGUCCCCGCCUCAUCCGUCGUGUCCAGUGGCGGCCUUAAGUCCGCCACCGCUGUGGGGACGAGCCCCGCCUCCCCAACCUUCACCUUCCCCCUCAGCCGCCUCUCGUCCCAUGACUGCAGCAGCAUCAAGUCCAGUCGCCGCUGUUCCUACCUGUUGGCCAUCACCACCGAGCGCUCCAAGUCAUGUGACGAGGGACUCCACACUCUCAGAGACGACGGCCGGGUCUUCUCGAGGUUGCCAAAGAGAGUUAAAAGCAUCUUCCGUGAUGGGUCUCUGGACAGCUUGGCUGAUGAGGCUCGCUCGAAGCGUCACUCUGCCUCGGAGCUGGGCAGCAUCAGCUACAGUGACGUAAGGAAAGAAGGAUGGCUGCACUACAAACAGAUCCAUACUGAGAAGGGCAAGAAGGUGGGCAGUGCCAUUCGUCCCUGGAGGCGGGUUUUCUCAGUGCUGCGCUUCGGUGCGCUCUACCUCUAUAAAGACAAGCGGGAGGCGCUGCUGAAGGGUGCCGCCCUGGGAGGCGGAUCCGAAGACGAGCAACCAAUCAGCCUCCGUGGCUGCCUGGUGGACAUCGCGUACAGCGAGACGAAGCACAAGAACGUUCUGCGACUGACCACGCAGGACUUCUGCGAGUACCUGCUGCAGGCUGAGGACCGAGACGACAUGCUGGAGUGGAUCAGAGUGAUCGGGGAAAGCAGCAAGACUGACAGCGAGGAGUUGGGAUUCUCUCGACAAGCUCUCAUCAACAAGAAACUGAAUGACUACAGGAAGCAGAGUCCGACAGGUAAUAAGCCUGACUCAUCUCCCCGAGUGCCACGCAUGACCUUCUUGCUCCCCAAGGCCGACAACAGCAGCGCGCCCCCACGCUCCCCCAAACACGAAGCCAAAGAGGAGAGCAGUCCUCCCAAGUCUCCAUGGGGCAUCAACUUCAUGAAGAAAACGAAGAAGGCGGACCCGAAAGCGUUUGGAGUCCGGCUGGAGGAUUGCCAACCCGCCUCCAAUAACAAGUUUGUUCCUCUGAUUGUGGAGAUCUGCUGUGGCUUGGUGGAGGAGAUGGGUCUGGAGUACACUGGGAUCUACAGAGUGCCAGGUAACAACGCUGUGGUGUCCAGCCUGCAGGAUCAACUCAACAAGGGCUGCGACAUUAACACAGCGGAGGAGCGGUGGCAGGACCUGAACGUGGUGAGCAGCCUGCUCAAAUCUUUCUUCCGCAAGCUCCCGGAGCCCCUCUUUACUGAUGACAAGUACAACGACUUCAUCGACGCCAAUCGUAUGGAGAAUCCAAGUGACCGGUUGAAGACUUUGAAAAAACUGAUCCAAGAUUUGCCAGAUCAUUACUUCCACACUCUGAAGUUUCUAAUCGGUCAUCUGAAGACCGUAGCCAAUCACUCGGAGAAGAACAAGAUGCAGCCUCGUAACUUGGCGCUAGUGUUUGGGCCCACUCUUGUGAGAACAUCGGAGGACAACAUGACAGACAUGGUGACCCACAUGCCUGACCGCUACAAGAUCAUCGAGACUCUCAUCCAACACUGCGCCUGGUUCUUCAGUGAGGAACACGACAAGGAUGAAAAGACGCCGGUGGACACAGAGGACGUUCAGCCCGCCCCCAACAUAGAUCACCUCUUAUUGAACAUUGGCCGAGCUGGCGUCCUGGGCGAGAUCUCAGACUCAACCAACAGUGAUUCAGCGAAAUCUAAGGGCUCCGGAGGGUCGAAACGUGACCUCACAGCCAAGGACUUCCUGACAACGCUGGCCAUCAUGUCUGCUGUGACUCGGAGGCGCAGAAAACGUCCUGUUGCCGGCCUCCUGGGCAGCAGCACUGACGACGACUCCGAACAGGAGCCAAUCAGAGCCGAUCUCACUGUGGAGGGGGAGGGGGAGGGAAAGGAGAUGGAGCGGUGUGAAUCUGACACGGCUCCGCGUGCAGAGGCAGAAGAGGACGAAGAUGAGGAAGAGGAAGAAGACGACGAAGGGAAUGUGGAAGUGACUGUGGCCUCACCGGGUAAGGACAAACCCGGAAUGCCUUGUGAGGAAGAAGCACACUCAGUGAUCCUGAGUGAGGAAGAUGACCAGAGGUCAGAGAUGAAAGGUCGCGGCUGGAGAGGGGAUGAUGCACGUUCUAUUGUCUCGGGUUACUCCACUCUCUCUACGCUGGGGCGGAGUUUAGCAUCCGAGGGGCGGGGCGACGACGCAGACGAUGAGCGGAGCGAGCUGGUGAGCGAGACGGACAACGAAAGCGGCUUUGCUUCACGCUCUCUCACGCAGGAGCGUCCUGAGAAACGCACGCCACCUCCAUCAAAUACACACACCUCACCAGAACCGACCACACCACGCAGCUUCCUGUACACGUACUGCAAACCCUCCAUACCUACUUCUACUCCCGCUCCCGCUCCCACAGCAGCACCUCCUCCCAUCCUGUCCAAACGCCCCACCCCUGAGCCUGUAGAAAGAGGAACCGAAAGUGUAGCACGCUCCUCCACUCCAUCCACCUCCUCCUCCACUGCCUCCCAGCGCCUCCAAAACCGACCCUCCUUCAACUCCCAUCGGCUCAUUCAGUGUGACACUUUAGCGCGCCGGCGGCUAAAAGCAGAUAAGGCCAAAGCUCGUUCACUAGAUCCUUUAGAAGUCUGUAGCGCUUCACCCACCGAGGAGGAACAACAGUCCAACAAAGGGCGAACAAGAACCAGCCUUCCGGAAUCCUCCGCUUCUCACUCACCCAAACUCACCCCAUCCAGUGGUCACCUCUUAGCUCCACCCCCUGCCCUGGGCUCCACCUCUGGCUCGACAAGUCAGGCAUCACUAGCAGAGCAGGUGCGUGCACGUCUGCUCGGUUCAGCGGAGGACAUGCGUUCUGUGGGGCUGAGGAAACCUCUCUCGCCUGAGACCCGCCGCCGUAGGCGGGCCUGGAGGAGACACACAGUGGUGGUCUCGCCUUCUGACUCCUCGCACAAAAGCGCUCAAGUCUCCUCUGGCGUUAACAACAACAACAAACCCCCGGCUCCACCCCCCAAACCUUUCGUUUUAAUCCGACGUCCUGGGGAUAAGCCUAUCCCCGGUCCCCAGCGUUCUGCAGUCGACACCUCUUCAUCGCUCCGGGCCCAUACUACCUCCCAGUUCCAGGAAUGCUUGUGAUAGCAUUUGAAUUGGACUGAUCGGAUUCUUUAGUACAGAGUGUGUAUGUGGAGGUUUCACACCAAUACCCUAUUUUCCAUUAACAUGGUGCUUGUUCUGGGAGCCUGGGAACCUUUUCGUAAACAGCCGACCAACAUUUCCACUGGUGUAAGAGCUAAUGUUUAUACCUCUUACCUCGUUUUGUCAACAAAGUCUGUGAACUGAGCAGAGGCAUCAUCAUAGACCACGAUAACACCCAAGACACCUUACCUUUAGCAACAUAGUCUGCAGUUUUGCUAGCAUUAGCUUUAGCAACGUAGCUACUAUUUAGUUGCUUAGUGGUUCUUAGUGGUUCUCGUCAAACCACUGAGUCACAGCAGCAACUCGUCAUUCCUUCAAAAAUCCCUCUGUUCAGAACUUGGCCAUGUUAAUAACUCGACAAGUUGUUGUUACGGCGAGGAAAUGGCGCCAACCCAAAGCCCUAAAAUCACCCAUUUUUGGUUCCAGACAAGCAGCAUUUUAGUGCUGGAACCACACCAAUUUCCCCAACUGUUUUGAGAGUAUACGCUCACUCGGGAAUCAGCACCGGCACCUAGUUGGUGGAAGAGGGGUAUCGAUGAACGGGUUCGCUUACUGUGUUUUCCUUUUUCUCAUUCAUAGCUGCUCUGCUUGCACGGCACAGGGCUUCUUUUAAACGUUGCCAAAGUUUUUAUUCUCUCUUCUUCAGUCUUUCGAGUGCUCUUUUAACACGGUGUUACGAAAGCGCCAGAGAGCAGCAGGGUCUCUAUGUAACAUUUUAAAGAACUGCCAGGAUUCUUGCCACACACUCACACUGGGGUCAUUGUGUGUUUCUGUAUCCUCCCUUAAGACGUGUCCUCAUUCUCUCACUGUGUCCAAUGGAGGGAAUGCCAAAUUGAAAAAAAAAACAAACAUUUUUUUAAAUUCACCCGCUUUUUACCUUUUUCUUGUUACCAUGACGAUGCUGCCUCAUCAGAUCCUACAAAGGUUACACAAACAUUUACACAAAUACACACAUUCUUUUGUCUACUCGACUACAGACUUCAACAAAGUAUUAAUGCAGUAUUAGCGAGGCAGCGUUUGCCGAUAUCAGAUGUGUCGAGAACUGACCUUAGACCCCAUAACCUCGCAAGACAAAUUGUGGCAUGUUCACAACCCUCAAACACACACCGAGCACACACUGCUCGUUCUAAGUAUUUCUUCAUCUGUGUAUGUUUGUGUGUCUGAAACGGUUUGUGUAUAGUGUGUAUGUGCGUUCAGCUAUUUUGUAACAUUUGUACAAAGCCUUGCUAAGUUAAUCUUGUAAAUAUGCAUAUAAUAUCAUAUUUGUUUUUUUGUUGGGUUUUUUUUUUUAUAUGGUUUACAAAAACGUGCACAUAGGUGCACGAUCAUUUCUUUUAAGAUUUUACUUGAAAUCGUUUCUUUAAAGUUUCUUUUUGUUUUGUAUACAGUAUACAUAAAAUAUAUAUAUUAUAUAUUUUGUAUGAAUAUAAUAAGUACUUUUGUUUGGGGUGUUAUUUGUUUUAAACAAAACAACCAGAACUAAACCUCUGAUAGACUGUUGUUUAUUUCCUCGUAAAUGGCCUUUUCUCUGUGACUUACCAGUACUAUGCAGAACUCCAUACACCUCAAUGCAAAGAAAAGAACUUUAACCUGCAGAAGAGUGUCUGUCCAACGGCCUGUCACGUGCUAUAAUAAAUUCCUUAUUGCUGGGCAUUGCA